CAGUGGAGCUGGAUGACACGGAGCAGGAGCGGAAACCACCGCGGAAGAACAUCAUGGAUUGGUUGUGGACGCGGAAAGCUCGGUUGAGUUACAUCUUUUUCAUCGCCAUCCUCAUCUGCGGGGGAGCUCCUUUCCUCCUCAACCUCUAUCUUCCCAUCACCAAGACCCAUGAAAGGGCUCUCGGGACCUGCCUCCUCAAUCCACCUUACAAGGUGGCUUGCCUACCGAACUUGCAGGGGGAAAGCCUAACACAGGAGAUAUGCGAAGCAGCACUCUGUUGCUGGAGAUCCAACAUGGACGACCUUCUGGCUCCCCUAUGCUUCCAUUCCUACCCCAGCGCCUACAGUUUCUUCCACGAAAGAAAGAAGAAACGAGAAACUUUGGCGACCUGGAAGCUGGAGAGCAACAUGAGGAAGACUCCGUUCGGGGGAAGAACCUUGACGUCCGUGUUCUUCUCCUACAGCUCCAAUGAGGACCAGGCCGUCCUCACCUUCACCAACGUGAGAGACGUGGUCGGACCGAUUCGAUCUUCGUCUCGGGCCUCAGGCCUCGAACUUAGAGUGGUAGAUAGCGAAUUGUUCUUCAUUCAACUGAUCCGAACGAGUAAUAAAACGAUCCUCUUGGACACGUCGUCAGGUGGCCUGAUGUUCGGAAAAAAUUACUCCGAGGUCACGAUCCGACCUCCGACGAGUUUCAUCUACGGCUUACCCGGCGACCACAUUAAAUUGAAGCACGAUUUCCAGUGGACUCGUCAAACCAUAUCUAACCGCCGGGAAAUAAACGCAGGAGGAGCCUCCCUUCACGCUCCCUUCUACAUGGGCCUUGAAGAAGGCGGAAAUGCUCAUGGCGUCCUCAUCGACACCGAAGACACGAUCGAGGUCAGCUUUCAACCUCUGCCCUCCAUCACGUUUCGGAUCUUGAGCUCAGAUAUGGAUCCUCUCUUGAGGAUUCGCGUGUUCCCGGGACCCACGCCUCGGGACGUGCUUCGACAACUGACCGACUACAUCGGGAAACCCAAGAUGCCACCGUAUUGGGCCUUGGGUUAUCACACGUGUCGAGCUGCGCCCAACAUCUCCGUCUUCCAGGAUGUCUUGAAUCUGACCCGAAUUCGUGAGAUACCGUUCGAUGGGGACUGCAUCUCCUCGUCGAUCCAAGUCCCCGGAGCCUUCACAUUCGAAGACCUCGAGGAAUGGUCUGAACUCGACGAAGAAGUCCAGGCCCUUCACGAUGCCGGCUACAAAUUCUUCAUGCCAUUUUCCCCUCACGUGGCUUACGAAUCCUCGCCCGAAUUGAGUCCGGAACAACUCCUCCCUUUUCAGUCGGGGAAAAAUGAAAGUAUAUUCGUGACGUAUUAUAACGAGAGUCUGGAAUGGAUCGGGGAGUAUGACGACGUGCUCGUCGUUUACCCAGACCCCAGCAAUCCCAACAUGGGAUCUUGGAUGAAUUCCAGUCUGCAACGGUUUAUGGAGAAUUUGAACCUGACCUGGAAAUCCGUGGAUGGAGCAUUGCUGAAGGAUGUGAGCCCGAGAAGCGACAAUACGUCAUUGUAUCCUUGGGAAUCGUUAGAGAAUGACAACUUGCAGUAUCUGCCGCCCAGAGAUAUGAGCAAGAAUGAUCCCUUGUUUUCAAAUACCAUCUGGUGGGGCGCGCUGCACAGCACUGGCGUUUGGCAUUGGGAGUAUCACAAUCGAUACGCCGACGAGUUUUCUUCCACGUUCCGAGAUGCGGUAGGGCCGCCGGAGCUUCUUAUCGCGGAUUCCAUGAGCAUCAUAGCAGGGAAAAAUGAGAAGAGAGCCGACGGAUGGCUAGCCUCAGGGUACCGAGGGGACUGGUGGGCCAUGAAGAAGAGCCUCAUCACUAUCAUGGAAGCCGGACUGGUGGGGAUUCCGUUCGCCGGUGUCCCCGUCUGCGGCGACCUCGAGACAGAAUAUCUCGACCAGGUCAACACCUUAGGCGAUCUCUGCACUCGCUGGAAUCAACUGGCAACGUUCUACCCUUUGGCCGUGAAUCACUACGGCCGAGACUCGACUCCUCGACACCCGACCGACUUUUCCGCAUCAGUUACCGACCGGAUUCGAAUCGCGUUGAGGCAACGGUACCGGUUCCUCCCUUACCUGUAUUCUCGGUUCGUGGAGGCUUCAGAGACUGGUUUACCAGUGGUCAGACCCUUUUUCCUGGAAUACCCCGAGGAUUCCCAGUCCAGAGACGUGGACGAGCAAUUUCUGAUCGGGUCGGCCCUGAUGAUGGUGCCAUCCCUGGACUCCAAGCGGGUCGUGGUCUCUACUUAUUUUCCCCCUGGCCGCUGGAUGGAUUUCUACAGCGGAGUGGUGCUGACAGAGACAGGAAGGACUAAUAUAUCCAUCCCCGUCGCAGGCUUCCAGUUCCAGGUCGCUGUCAAGGCAGGCCACAUCAUCCCCUAUCAGGAUGUGAAGAAUAACUCGGCGGAGUCUCGACUGACCAACUUCACUCUGACGGUGGCGCUCGACAAGAACGGGAGUGCCAAGGGGGAUCUUUAUUUCGGUUCCCCGAGCAACUUCAGUCGCCUCCUCUUCGAAGCUCGAACCAAAUUCGUCAUGAACGGCACCGACGACUCCCUCUUCAACGCCACCGGCAUCUCCCCGGUCACCGUCACGGAGCUGGUGUUCGAACUAGAAAUGGGUCGAGCGAAGUGCCAAGGGGACGAAGGCACCUACAUCUUCACGGUCAUCAACAGGGUGAGGGUGUUCGGGUUCGGUCGGAAAAACUCUGCGAUUGCAUACAUCGACUGCGGGGGCUGGCUAGAGAAGCUCGAAACCAAUUUCCAGCUCGGCAUUCUCGACAUCUUCAACGUCAAUAUCGACUUCUGUGAACUCUCCAAAGAGGCUUGUUCCCUUCGCUUGUAUAUUCAGUGAAUAUAUACGUCAUAUAAUUCCGUCUUUCCUCCACGUGAUAAUAAUAAUGUAUGAUUCUUUCAAUUCCGGCCUUGAGAAAUAUUUAAUCGAGACCAUCCUUUUCCGAUAAAGUCGUCCCUCUACCGAGGCAUUUUCAAGA